AUGUUUAAUCAUAAUUCAUUUAACCUUUUUAAACGUUAUUUCAUAUUAAAAUAUAAUAUCAAUCCUGAUAAUAUUAAUAAAAAUUAUAAUCAACCUUUUUUAGGAUUAAUAAUGAAAGAUAAUAAUUAUUUAUUGAGUGAUGUAGAGAAUAUAUAUGAGAAGAAAGAUGAGAUAAUAUAUGGAUUACCAUAUGAAAUAUUAUUUAAUUCAGGACGUGAAUUUAUAACAAAUGAAUUUACUUAUUCUAUUACUAAUGAAUUUUGUAAACUUGAAGAAUAUAAUAAAUUAAUACCAUUACCUAAAAUUGGUACUUUAUUAAAUGAUUCUUUAAGAUCAUUAUAUUUUAUACAAAAUUCUAAUCGUAUAUUACCUAAAUCUUUUAAAUUUCCCAUUACGGUGACUUCCGUUACGGGGUCUUCCAAUACGGUGACUGGUCCACUAAACAGUAUUGUUCCUACGGGUACAGUUUUACCUAGUAGUGGUCCCACUAGUACAGUUGUACCAGGUACUGGUACUAAUAUUACUACUAAUUCUAAGGAUAUAGUUAGUAAGGAUAUGGUUAGUAAGGAUAUUAAUAGUAGUAUUAAUGAGGAUAGUGGUACUAAAGAAGAUGAUGUGGGUACUGAGGGAGAUACUAAGGGAGUUGGUGAGGAAGGGGAUGCCGUGGUACCAAGCACCGUAACGGAUGUAACAGAGACUGAGAAUAUAGAAAAUACAAUGGGUAUAUUAAAUAAUGUUAUAUUUAAUGAUAAUCAAAUUGAUCUACAAUCAGAUUUAACCCUUAAAUCACAGAAAUUAGAUGAAGAUGAGAAUAGAAUUGAGGAUGAUAUAAUUUAUAUAUUAUCUUAUGGUAUAAGUAAUAAUAAUCAAUUGAAUUGUUGUACUUUAUCUUCUUUUGAUGGAAGAUUUAUAUCAAUUGGUCAAAAUAAUGGAAUUAUAUUAUUAUAUGAUCUACUUACUUCUGAGGUAUCCGUUACGGGGUCAGGUCCACGGCCAACCACUGACUUAGAUAUACCCCUUACAGGGUGUAAUAAUGUAUAUAAUGAUAUAUCAUGUAUAAUUGGAAGUGGAAUAGCAUAUAAAUCAGUAACAAGUAUGAAUCCAGGAUUUACAAAAUCAUUAUCAAAUCCAUUAACAACACCAAGUUAUGAAUAUGGUGAUAUGAUACCAGAAUAUGAACAAAUGGAAUAUCAAGAAGAAGAAAAUACUAAUAUAAUUUAUGCACACGAUGGUUGUGUAAAUUGUAUUAAAUUUGGUGAAAAUGGACAAAUACUCCUAUCAGCUGGUAAUGAUGGUUUAAUUAAAUUAUUUACUACUAAUAAUAAUUCAUGUAAAUCUAUUUAUUAUAAUUCUUCCGUUACGGUGUCAGGUCACACGGAUAGUAUUACUAUGGGAAAGGGAACUACAGGUACUAAUAGUACUAAGGAUACUAAUACUAAGGGAACUAAUACUAAGGGAACUUCUUUUGGGAGUGUUGGUAUGACCAAGCACCGUAACGGAGUAAUAAACAGUGUAUUAAAUAUAGAUUAUGGUAAUUAUGGAUAUUAUUUUAGUAGUUGUGAUAUAAAUGGAUAUUGUAAAAUAUGGUGUACAGAUCGUAGUUAUUCAUUAAGAAAUUAUAAACCAAUAAAUAAUUUAUUUUAUUAUAAUAAAUUCCAUCCCAAUUCAUCACUUAUAUCUUUAUUAUCUUAUCAUGAUAUUUUUACUUUAUAUGAUUUAAAAUCUAAUAAAUUAACAUUACAAUUUUGUUAUAAUUCUUAUGAAUUUAAUGAUUUUUCCAAUACGGUGCUUGGUCAAGCGGAUACUAUUCCUCCUCCUAAUGUACCUCCUAACAGUACUAAGGAUCCUAUUGGAGCAAGCACCGUUACUAAGGGAAAGAGAGCUAAUUUUACAGCUAUGGAAUGUACUAAGGGAUUAGGUACUGGUACUAGGAAAAUUAAUGGUAGUAGUGGAUAUGAAAGAAAUAGAAUAGAAUGGAGUAAGAAUGGUAUAAUAUAUGGUAUAUGUAAAGAGAAUAUAUUAUUAUUAUAUGAUAUUAGAAAUGGUAAAUUAUUAGAGAAAAUUGUACAUGAUUCCAAUAUUUUAGGAUUUGAUUUUUCUUAUUCCAGUAAUAUUAUUUCUAUUAUUGAUCAAUAUAAUAUUUCUUUUUGCAAGCACCGUAACGCUGUUAUAGACAUGAAUAAGUAUAUAUUAAAUGAUACCAAUACUGAGGAAGAAAUAAAAUUGAAAAAGAAUUUAAUAAAAGCAUAUAAAUAUAAAGAUUUAAUUCUAGUACAUAAUGCAUUUACACCAGAAAAUGUAUUAUUAACAUUAGGAAUCUCAACACUUUAG